UCCCCACCCUUCCGCUACGCCAGAUCGAGGCUGCCCUCCACCACCGGCAUUCCCAGUAUGCACCGCGGACUGAGCUGCGAAAAAUAGUCCGCUAACGAAAGGCUGAGAAAAGGGAACCAGAAAAGGGGUAGCUCACAGCUAAAUCCACGAGUUCAUCUGUAUUUAACGUAACCAGAAGCGAUAACAUGGCUGACAACGAGAAACUGGACAACCAGCGGCUGAAGAAUUUCAAGAAUAAAGGCCGUGAUUUGGAGACUAUGAGAAGACAGAGGACUGAAGUAGUGGUGGAACUCAGAAAGAACAAAAGAGAUGAGCAUCUUCUGAAGAGGAGAAAUGUUCCCCAUGAGGACAUCUGUGAGGACUCUGAUGUUGACGGAGAUUUCAGAUCGCAAAACACCUCUCUUGAAGCAAUAGUACAAAAUGCUACCAGUGAUAACCAGGGCGUCCAGCUGAGCGCUGUUCAGGCCGCCAGAAAAUUGUUGUCCAGUGACCGUAAUCCUCCCAUAGAUGACCUGAUUAAGUCUGGGAUCCUUCCUAUCCUGGUGCAUUGCCUGGACAGAGAUGACAACCCCUCUCUCCAGUUUGAGGCCGCCUGGGCUCUAACCAACAUAGCCUCUGGGACCUCAGAGCAGACUCAAGCUGUGGUCCAGUCUAACGCUGUGCCGCUCUUCUUGAGGCUGCUUCACUCUCCUCACCAGAAUGUGUGUGAACAGGCCGUCUGGGCUCUGGGAAACAUCAUAGGUGAUGGCCCUCAGUGCAGAGAUUAUGUGAUCAGCUUGGGUGUGGUGAAGCCCUUGCUCUCCUUCAUCAGUCCCUCCAUCCCCAUAACCUUCCUCCGCAAUGUCACUUGGGUCAUGGUCAACCUUUGCCGUCACAAGGAUCCUCCACCACCCAUGGAGACAAUCCAGGAGAUACUGCCAGCUCUCUGCGUUCUGAUCCACCACACUGACGUCAGUAUCUUGGUAGACACAGUGUGGGCUCUGUCCUACCUGACAGAUGCUGGGAACGAGCAGAUCCAAAUGGUUAUUGACUCCGGCAUUGUCCCACAUCUGGUACCUCUGCUCAGUCACCAGGAGGUUAAAGUUCAGACCGCUGCCCUGAGGGCUGUUGGGAACAUUGUGACCGGCACAGACGAACAGACCCAGGUGGUGCUCAACUGUGACGCCCUCAGCCAUUUCCCUGCGCUCCUCACCCACCCAAAGGAGAAAAUCAACAAGGAGGCAGUGUGGUUCCUGUCCAACAUCACAGCAGGUAACCAGCAACAGGUGCAGGCCGUCAUUGACGCCAAGCUGGUUCCUAUGAUCAUUCACCUGCUCGAUAAGGGUGACUUUGGCACUCAGAAAGAAGCAGCCUGGGCCAUCAGUAACCUGACAAUAAGCGGGAGGAAAGAUCAGGUGGCACACCUGAUCGAGAAGCAGGUGAUCCCUCCAUUCUGCAACCUGCUCACAGUGAAGGACGCUCAGGUUGUGCAGGUUGUUCUCGAUGGCCUCAGCAAUAUCCUAAAAAUGGCUGACGAUGAGGCAGAGACUAUUGCUAACCUCAUUGAGGAAUGCGGAGGUCUGGAAAAGGUGGAGCAACUGCAGAAUCAUGAAAAUGAAGAUAUCUACAAAUUGGCAUACGAAAUUAUUGAUCAGUUCUUCUCAUCUGAUGAUAUCGAUGAAGACACCAACCUGGUCCCGGAGGCCAUCCAGGGCGGAACUUACGGGUUCAACUCAGCCAACGUGCCAGCCGAGGGAUUCCAGUUCUAGACGGCAUCUGGGGUAUUCUGGAGUUUUGUUCACGAUGCAGCACUCUGUUCAACAUAUAAAAAAUUAGGAGAGAAAGGGCGAGAGAGAGCGAGUGUGAGAAAUUUGAUCCAUUGUGCUUGGCUCGUGGGAUCCAUGGCUGCAUCUUAUCUGAAAGAAAAAUAUGUGGAUUUCAUUUGGCAUUCCAGGGGAACCAGCCCAAAUGAAGUUUGAGAUGGCGAGUGGGUGCGAGUGAGAAUGAGUGGCUACAUGUUGCAAAAAAAAAGCAAAACAUCUACAUCGAAUGUAUUGAGAGACAUGCCGACAUAACUUCUGUGUUAUUGGAGCUGUCGUCCUCGGAAAACUACUUCAAAUGACAAGAAAAACGAAAAUAAGAAAAACUCCAUGUCUGCCCAGGGAGAACCAAGGACAUUAAAAAAAAAAGAAAAUCAAGUGAUCUUGAAAUAUUACAAUACAGCAAAAUG